AUGUUGCGCUUCUUGUGCCUUCCCGGUGCCUACGGCAGCUCGGACUUCAACUUGGUGAGUUCUCCCUCAUGCAAUAGACACCACAGACUUAUCGUGAGCGGCUUCACUAUUGAGAUUCACUUACUGAUAGUUCUCUCAGCCCCCAUCUUGAAGGAGCUUACUGAGGAUGGCACGGCUCAGUUCCACUUCAUCCAUGGACCUUGCAAGGCCGUCCCGCCUCCGGGAUUUGAGGACUAUUUCGGAGCUCCCCCCUACUACCGCUUCAUCGAGCCCGAUAGAGAUGUCGAGAAGUCCCACAGCGACGAUGUCCUCAUGCGCAUUCGUGACUUCCCCGACUGCGAGACCCCCGAAGACACGAUGAGAGAGCUCAUGAGAGAAGGCAUCGCAACCACCCACCGCAGUACCGACAGAGCCAUCAAGUUCCUGGCCGACAUUGUCGCGAAGCGCGGCCCCUUUGACGGCAUCAUCGGCUACUCCGAGGGCGCCACCGUGGCAUCCACCUUUAUGCUUUACGAGCAGCGUCGCCUCAAGCGCUCCGGCAUCAAGCCGGCGUUCAAGUACGGCAUCUUCUUUGCUGGCUGGCCUCCGGUCGACCCCAAGACUCACGCCCUGGUCCUCUCUGACGAGAGCGAGGAGCGCAUCGAGGCCCGCACCUUGCACAUCAUCGGAUCCUUGGAUCCUUAUGUCGAUGGUUCUAUGGCCCUUUACAACAUGUGCGAUCCCGACACCGCAUAUCUUUUCGACCACGCCAAGGGCCAUACCCUACCCCGUGACAAGGAUACCAUCAAGGAGCUUGGCGACAUCAUCCGCGAGACCCAGGCUGACAUGCAAGAAGAGGGUCUCUUGUCCAUUAGAGAUAGACGGGUGUUUGGCAUGCCGCAUAUCCUGGAGCCUGCUGGAGUCGGGUAUUAUGGUUAUUUGGGUUUUCUUGCGUCGGUUUAUGGUUUUCCUGGCUUUACUGGUUUUCAAAUCAUGUUUAUCGCCACCGACUUCUUCAAGGGGGUUUUGGAUGGGUUAUUAGUUGCUAGGCAGGACGAGUGCAGCUAG